UUCUGACACUACUGGUACUGUAUGCCCGGAACCUAAGCAGUAUAUCCGACUUCACGAUCUGCUCGUCGUGAAUCGAACCUAGCGACCACACCAUAAAUCGGACUAACCGGUCGCAACAAUCACAGCGAAUAGCCUGACUACAGUCAUCGCGAAUUCUCGAGAACAGAACACCGCCGCAAUGGCUAAAGGCGAAGAUGUUGAUCCCAGGAUGAUGUCCGUCACUCCGCGCAUACGAUACAACACCAUUGGUGGUGUCAAUGGACCUUUGGUUAUCCUAGAAAAUGUCAAGUUCCCACGUUUCAACGAGAUUGUGUCCUUGACGCUUCCAGAUGGCACUGAGCGAUCUGGUCAGGUCUUGGAAGCAAGAGGAAACCGUGCCGUGGUCCAAGUCUUCGAGGGAACAUCUGGCAUUGAUGUGAAGAAGACCAAAGUGGAGUUCACUGGACACUCGCUCAAACUCGGCGUGUCGGAAGACAUGCUCGGUCGAAUCUUUGACGGCUCCGGACGUGCCAUUGACAAGGGACCGAAAGUGCUAGCAGAGGACUACAUCGACAUCAACGGAUCUCCCAUCAACCCAUACGCUCGAGUGUACCCCGAAGAGAUGAUCUCGACCGGUAUCUCAGCCAUUGACACCAUGAACUCCAUCGCUCGUGGUCAAAAGAUUCCUAUUUUCUCUGCUGCCGGUCUCCCUCACAAUGAAAUCGCCGCCCAAAUUUGCCGACAGGCAGGUCUUGUCAAGCCGACCAAGGGUAUUCACGACGACCACGAGGAGAACUUCUCAAUCGUCUUCGGUGCCAUGGGUGUCAAUUUGGAGACGAGCCGCUUCUUCACCAAGGACUUUGAGGAGAACGGCAGCAUGGAGCGUACCACACUCUUCCUCAACCUUGCAAAUGACCCGACUAUCGAGCGUAUCAUUACGCCUCGUCUUGCAUUGACGACGGCAGAAUACUACGCCUACCAGCUGGAGAAGCACGUCUUGGUUAUUUUGACUGACUUGUCAUCGUACUGUGACGCUCUCCGUGAGGUGUCUGCCGCUCGUGAAGAAGUGCCAGGUCGACGUGGUUACCCGGGUUACAUGUACACUGACUUGUCGACCAUUUACGAACGUGCUGGACGUGUCGCCGGCCGAAACGGAUCUAUCACGCAGAUCCCCAUUUUGACCAUGCCUAACGAUGAUAUCACCCACCCUAUUCCCGAUCUUACUGGCUACAUCACCGAAGGACAGAUCUUCGUCGACCGUGCUCUCCACAACAAGGGUGUCUACCCACCAAUCAACGUGCUUCCCUCCCUCUCUCGUCUCAUGAAGUCCGCUAUUGGCGAAGGUCACACUCGCAAGGACCACGGUGACGUGUCCAACCAGCUGUACGCCAAAUACGCCAUUGGUCGUGAUGCCGCGAGCAUGAAGGCCGUCGUCGGUGAGGAGGCACUGAGCAGCGAAGACAAGCUCUCAUUGGAGUUCCUCGAGAAGUUCGAGAAGACGUACAUUUCGCAAGGGCCUUACGAGAAGCGUACCAUCUUCGACGGUCUUGACCUGGCCUGGGAGCUGCUCCGCAUUUACCCCAAGGAGCUGCUCAACCGAAUUCCCAAGAAGAUCUUGGAUGAGUUCUACCAGAGACAGCCGAAGAAGUCGACACGGGAUAACGAUGGAGAGGACGAAGACAAGAAGAAGAAGCAACAGCAGGAGUCGGAGAACUUGAUCGACGCGUAGUGGGUAAUCAUAGACAUUUAGUGAAUGAGUGAAUCGAUAAAUGGAAUUGCAUUUGUAGCACUGA